AUGCAGGCAGGGCCUGCACAGCCGCCUCGCUCUCGCAUCGACCCUAACCAGGUUCCCAGCCCCAUCCUGGUGCAAGAGAACGACCAAGCGGUGUAUGAGAACCAAUCGUUUUCGACUGCUACCCGAGCUGUUCCACCCUUGGCAACUACCGUAUUCCACGCGAUUGACGAAGGGAACUGUAACCCCCGCUUUGCGCGACUCACGACUUACAACAUUCCAUGUACAGACGAUCUCGCUAAUCUGGCAUCGAUCCCUCUCGGACUCGUAGUGCAGCCUUUGGCGGAUUUGGGUCCUGGUGAAGAGCCAAUCGAGGUUGUGGAGAUGGGAGAAAAGGGGCCUGUGCGAUGCAACCGCUGCAAAGCAUAUGUCAAUCCUUACUUCCAGUUUAUAGAUGGGGGACGGAAGUUUGUCUGCAACCUGUGCUCAUUCGAGAACGAAGUGCCACCCGAGUAUUUCAUGAACCUGGAUAUGAGUGGGCGCCGCAUGGAUCUGAUGCGGAGGCCGGAGUUGAGGAAGGGUACGAUCGAAUUUGUUGCCUCGAAAGAAUACUGUGCUCGACCGCCUGUGCCGGUCUCGUACGUCUUUGCGAUCGAUGUUUCAUGGAACGCUAUUCAGAGUGGUAUACUCAAGAGGGCCGUCGAAGCUAUCAAGCAGCUCUUGUACCACGAUGAGAGGACCCUGCCUCAGAAGGCCAAGGUCGGAAUCAUGACCUUUGACAGGGCCGUCCACUUUUACAACUUGACGCCUGGACUUGAGCAACCGCAGAUGCUGGUCGUAUCUGACGUUGCGGACGUCUUCGUUCCCCUAAACGAAGGCUUCUUGGUUGACCCACGGGAAUCACGUCACGUCAUCGAGAACCUGCUCGAUACGCUUCCGACAAUAUUCGAAGGCAAUCGCACAAGCGAGCCUGUUCUCGGUGCCGCCGUCCAGGCUGCUUUCAUGGCAUUGAAGGAUCGAGGCGGGAAGCUGAGCGUGUUCCAGACUAUGCUGCCAACGUUCGGACCCGGUCAGUUGAAGAGCAGGGAGGAUCCAAAGCUGUUCGGAACCGAUAAGGAGCGUACGCUCUUUGAGCCACAGGAGUACUUCUGGACAAAACUCGGACAAGAUUGCGCGACCAAUGGUGUCUGUAUCGAUAUGUUUUUGUUCCCAUCGGCAUACAUUGAUGUCGCCACGAUUGGCGGGUUAUCGGCCUUGACGGGUGGCGAUCUGUACCUCUACCCGAACUUUGACGAUGGUCGCGAUGGCUUCAAGCUGGUGAACGAUUUCAAGCGAUCCUUGACGAGAACAUUCGGAUUCGACGCUCUAUUAAGGAUACGCGUGUCCAACGGACUCAAGGUCACGGAACAUUUCGGCAAUUUCUACAUGAAAAAUAUCACGGACGUAGAGAUUGCUGGAAUCGACUCCAGCAAGGCUAUUGGCGUUGCCCUCAAACAUGAUGGCAAGCUGGACGAAAAGCAAGAGUCGGCAUUCCAAGCUGCGCUUCUUUACACAACCGCAAAUGGAGAACGCAGAAUCCGCGUGCACAAUCUGAGUGUUCCAAAUACCACCGGUCUGGGCAACGUGUUCCGAUACGCAGAGAUGGACACUACUAUCUGCUUCUUGUGCAAGGCUGCUGUUGCUCAAACCUUGAAUAGUUCAUUGAAACAAGUCCGCGAAAAGCUGGGAGAAAAAUGCGUGAAAGUUCUCAGCGCUUAUCGGAAGCAUGUGGCCUCGUCAACAUCGCCUGGACAGCUCAUUCUUCCAGAGUCCUACAAGCUCUACGCUCUGUAUACGCUUUGUGUACUGAAGCUCAAGGCCUUCCGCGGCGGUCCUGACCUCCCCAGCGACAUUCGAGUGUUCAACAUGCGCGUGCUGAAAUCAUUAGGGGUGUCAGAAAGCGUCCCAUUACUGUAUCCACGAUUGAUGCAACUGCACGAUUUGGUACCACCGUACGGGCAACCUGAUGAACGGGGUCGCGUGAAGUUACCACCAAGCAUUCGCGUUUCCGCUGAACGUCUCAAUCCGGCAGGCGCUUAUCUAAUAGAAAAUGGUCAGCAAGUCAUCAUAUGGCUAGGGAGACAGAUUCCCCAACCAUUCCUUCGCGAAGUCUUUGGCGUCGAGGCUAUCGAGGCGGUGGACACCAGCAAGCGAGUGCUACCUGUUUUCGAGAAUGAGACAUCACAACGUGUGCAUGCAAUCCUUGCCGGCGUUCAGCAAGACCGGCCUCGCCAUCUGCAUCUCCAGGUCGUCCGGCAGCAGAUGGAUCAGUUUGGAGAGGUCGAGUUCAAUCAGUUACUGGUGGAGGACCAGAACCUCGACAAUAUGGGUUACGUGGAUUAUUUGGUCGCUGUCCACAGGUGA